AAUGUCCGGUGACCUCGCGUUCACCUACGCCGCGCUCAUCCUGUCCGACGACGGUCAGGAAGUCACCGCGGACAAGAUGGAUACCAUCGUCAAGGCCGCGGGCGUCACCGUGGAGCCGUACUGGGGCAUGCUCUUCGGCAAGUUCCUCGCGACCAAGUCCGUCGACGAGCUCGUCGCCAACGUCGGUGCCGGCGGCGGCGGCGGCGGCGGCGGCGGCGGCGGCGGCGGCGGCGGCGGCGGCGGCGGCGGCGGCGAGGCCGCGGCCGCGGCGCCGGAGCCCGAGGAGGAGGAGGAGGAAGAAGCCAUGGACUUCGACCUCUUCGAUUAA